UUAUUUUCGUGUCAGUUUUGGUAUCUGUUACCUCAACUUUUCCUGAAAACUUUUGUGUAAAUUCCAAGAGGUCUUUCUGUGUGAAAGAAUGAAUGUCGGGAAGAAGCAUUGAAGUGCCUGAUGGCUGCUGGCAGAAAAGAUUCCCAGAGGUGCUUCUCAUUACACUGUGGAAGAAUGAUCCUGCGGCUAAAAGUACUUAUUAAGGUGGUCAAUAUAUCUAAACAAAAUGGGAAAAUCACAGUCUAAACCCAAUCGCUUUUUCAAUGAUGAAGAAAUUAAGAAGAUUGCCCAAGUCUAUAACAAAGAUGGGUUGGAUGCGGUAUUUCCAUUAAUUAAAGAAAAAUGUGAUAAUUUGGACAAUGAAAAAGUCUCAAUUGCAGUGACAGGAGAAGCAGGUGUGGGCAAAUCUUCCUUUGUUAAUGCCAUGAGAGGCCUGGGACCCAAUGAUGAAGGGGCAGCUAAAGUAGGUUCAACACAGAAAACCUCAAAACCGACACCUUAUCAACAUCCAACACUUCCUUCUGUCUGCCUAUGGGAUCUUCCAGGAAUUGGAACAGGAAAAUAUUCUACUCGUGAAUACCUAGAUAAAGUUAACUUUAAAAGCUAUGAUUUGUUCAUCUUAAUAACUGGUGAAAGAUUCAAGGAAAAUGAUGCAAAGUUGGCUAAAGAGAUAAAGAAAAUGGGGAAAGAGUUCUAUUUUGUUUGUAGCAAGAUUGAUACAGUUGAGAAAAACCUUUCCAAAAGAGGGCAACAUGACAGACUUGAAGAAGAAUUAGAUAAAAUAAAAAGUUACUAUAAAAACAGCCUAGAGGAAAGUGGAUUACCUACUUCACAGGUUUUCCUUGUUUCCAGUAGAUAUCCGCAUCGUUAUGACUUCAUGAAGUUUUGUGGUUGUUUGGCGUCUGAGCUGCCAGAGAAGAAGAAUAAUGUUUUUGUGCUUUCACUUCCCAAUCUUAAUGAAGCUGUAAUUGAAAAGAAGAAAAAAAUUCUAAAAGGAAAAAUUGCUCUGGCAGCGACAGUUUCUGCUGGAUUAGGAGCAAUUCCCAUUCCUGGUGUAUCUAUUGCAUGUGAUAUCGGUAUCCUAGUAGCCACACUUCUGCAUAUGCAAAGGUACUUGGGACUCGAUGACGAGUCUCUCUGCAGACUUGCCUGUAGAGUUAACAAACCUGUUCAAGAGCUGAAAGCAGAAGUAACAAGCCCAUUUGUCCUUAAUAUCACCCCUUCAUCUGUGAUAAAAUUGCUUACAUCGACUGUUUCCGGUGCUGUAAUGAUUGCUGAUGAUGCUCUUCUGCUAAUACCUGUGAUUGGGUCCAUUAUUGGAGCUACAGUCUCCUUUAUUGCAACUUCCUUUUUGCUGAAUAGUGCACUGGAUGAUUUUGCAGAGUCAGCAUUGAAGGUGUUGAGAAAAGUGAUCGAAGCCAAUUCAGAGCAGGAAGCAACUGAAAAUAUCAACCUGGAACUUGUAGUUGCUAAGAUUCAACCAAAACUCUCCUCACCAUUUACUGACAAUGGAUUAGAAGACAUAAUUACUGAGAUACAACAUGUGCUUGACCAAAGAGAAUUUCACAUCGCUGUAACAGGAGAAUCAGGAAAAGGGAAAUCAGCCUUCAUCAAUGCUGUUUGUGGUCUGAAACCUGGGGACCCUGAAGCAGCUGAAGAGGGCUUUACUGAACAAAUCAUAAAACCGAAAAAAUAUAAACAUCCAAGUCUUCCUUCUGUCUCUCUAUGGGAUCUUCCUGGGGCUGGAACACCAAAAUUUGAAAUUGCAAAAUAUUUUAAGAAAGUCAAAUUUACAAAAUAUCACUUUACCGUUGUAAUGGUUGGAAACAGAUUUACAGAAAAUGACACAUUUAUUGUGAAAACAUUAGGGAACUUGAAACAUGAUUUCUAUGUUGUACGCAGCAAAAUGGAUAAUGAAGAAGAUGAGCAUGAACAGAAUGACCAUCAGAAUAGUGACAAGUUUGAGAAAAUUAAAGAUUAUUACAUUAGUCUUUUAAAAGAAAAUGGAGUAGACUCUCCCCAUGUCUUCCUUGUGUCAAGCCACUGCACAAAUGAUUUUGAUUUUAGGAAAUUGUGUCAAGAUUUGAAGCUUAAAGUAGCAGAAAAGAAGAAAGAUUUGUGCCCAUGUGAAAUUUCUAAAAUUGCCAAACCCCUAGUUCAGAAUAAAAAGACAAAGUUGAAGGGAACAAUCUCACAGUUAAUUUCAUAUGCAACAGAUGAAGGUAAAACUUUUAUACCUGGAACCAAUUGUGCCUAUAAUUCUGAUGCUGUUGUGGAAAUUCUUCUGUUCUAUCGCUGGUACAUGGGUCUUGAUGAUGAGUCCAUUAACCAACUUGCAGGUAAAGUGGGGAAAAGUGUGGUAGAUCUUAAGUCAGAAGUGAGUGAUCCUUUUGUGUUGUUUAUCAAUCCAACUUCUGUUCAAAAUAUUUUUACUUCCUCUACCUCCGUAAUUCUUUAUAACUUGCAGAGCCUGCUGAAACCUGUUUCAAGUGUUCCACAAUCUUCUGAGAUAAUUUCCAAGUUGCUGGAAUCAAUGAUUGAUGUAUUUGCAGAAUCUGCAAUGAGUGUGGCAAAGAAAGCCGCAUAAUACAGUGUUUCUUUAAAUAGUUGUCACCACAUUUUUUUUAAUUUUUCUUCCUCUUUAUCUCUUUCCACUUCUGUGUUAGGUAGAUGCCCAUGAACAAUGAUUUGGAUACAGCUUUGUCCUGCACCUCUUCAACAGUUGAACCCUUUUCCCUCAGAUCUUCUUUUACUUUGUCAAUCUACCUCUACUUUGGCCUCCCUCACUUUCUCUUCCCCUUAUAUUCAUUGUCUCUCUUCAUCACGUGUCCAUACCACUUCAGCCUAUUUUCCUGUACUUUCUUAAAUAUCUCUCCCUCUUUUGUUAUAUCCCUGAUUGUCUAAUUUCUUAUUCUGUCAUUUUUUGUAGCUCCACACAUUCAUCUAAAAAUUCUCAUUUCUGGCACAUCUAACUUCUUGUACUGUAGUCUCUGUACUGUCCACACUGCUCCAUACAUUAUUGCUUCUCUAACCACCUUACCUUGAUUUUCAUCUUAAUUCUUUGAUCACAGAAAACUCCUGAUGCCUUCUUCCAAUUGUUCCAUUCACACUGAGCUCUGUGGGUUAUCUCUGCAUCCAAUUCUGCAUCUUGGGCUACAACCAAUGCUAGAUAUUUAAACUUCUCCACUCUUUUCAAUAGCUCUCUCUGCAAGUAAACUUUUGAACUCUGAUCAUAAACCUCAAAUAUUUAAUCUUCUUCCUACUCAUCUUUAAUCUUCCAAAGUUUAUCUCCAUUCUUCUAACAUCCUCUCCACUUGUGCUACACAACACAAAGUCAUCAACAAAAAGCUGAAUUAGUCAUUAUCGUUUCUCUCUCAUGAAGCAGUAGAGCACCAGACUUUACAUCAAUUGUUCCACUGUCUGGCACAAAACCAAAAUGAUGCUCCCCUAUGGUGGUCCCUUACCUAAUGUUUUCCUCUAUAACCCUUUCCUAGGUUUUAACUAUGUUUCACAUCAGCUUUAUCUCUCUCAAUGGUUUCAGCAUUUCUACAAAAAUGAUUUCUAGGUUCCUUAUGUAACUUCAGUUUGAAGCUUCCAAUGUAUUCUUUAUCUACCAAUCUGGCUACAUUUUUUCACUUGUUUGUUGAUACUCAACUAAAAUGAUACAUUUUAGCCAUAGGAAACCUCAUAUUCUAAAUGUUGAGAAGGUAAAACUGCAUCUUGUAGGAUCUCUAGUAAUGCAUUAACAAAGUAACAGCCCUUAAUUAAAUAUCAUCAACCCUAUUAUCUUCUAGCAUGUCACAGAUGUCAUUUGUAAUCUUUAAAUCUUCUCUUCACUUAACAAAUUCUCCCUUAUUCUCCCUUAUCUUCUCUUUGCUCAUGAAGUAACAAAUGUACUUAAACAAAAUGAAUAUGGAGCCAUUAGUAACUGAAUUUUCUCCAUACACCUGAUUAGUUUUCAAGUCAGCUGGCUUCUGAAAAAAUAGUUAUACAUAAACAACUUUACUGUUAACACACAAAUCAGGUAAUGUACACAAUUUCAUAUUCAUUUAUGCUGGUGGCUACAUGUAAAACCUUGAGACAAAUAAAAGUUCAUGGGACUGGUUUGCUUCUCUACCCAAAGAUUUGCUGCAAUCUCUGUUUCAUUCUAUGGCUUUCACUCACUGAACUUUUCUGACAAAAUCUGUUUACGCUGUUCUGCUAAUUCUAAUUUGUAUGCUAAUGCUUAUGGCUUGUCUUUUUAUUUUUAAUUCUAUAACUGGUUUUGUUGCAUCUAAUCUUUUAGAUGUUUUGUUUUCUUUUCUUCCAGUUAAAGAAAAUAAUAAUAAUCUUCUAUCUCUUAGUCCUAAUCUUCUUAGCUCUGGGGCUAAGGAUCUGCACUGGUAUCCAGAAGGCUGCCAGUUUGAAUCCUGUUGCUACCAGAAGGGAUUCUACUCCAUUGGGCCUUUGAGCAAGGCUGUUAACCUGAAAAUUGCUCCAUGGGCACUGUGCAUUAGCUGACCCCAAAGGGUAUGUGAUAAAUGCAUUUUGUUUUAUCUGUAAAAUGACAAAAGUUGAAUCUUCUUCUAUCAUUUUAUUAGUGGUUACUAAAACAGAUGUUUCUUAAUAUUGUUUUAAUUAUUGUUGUAAUUUUGAUUUUGUCAGGGUAUUGUAAUUAUGUUUAGUUUUACAAGGUGCCUUGUUGUACUGCUUUACGUUAAUGAUACUUUAUAAAAUAAAGACUGAUUGAUUUAUUGGUCAGAAUCAACCUACUGUUUAUGCAAUAAGCUAUUGUUUAAGUGCAUGCUGUCAUUUUUAGGUGCAUAUCUAAUAACAAAUAUUUAACUAUUAUUUGCUAUUCAUACUAUAUGUACAAUUUUAUAUAAAGUUGUACAAUAUCAUGUUAAUCCUUAUGUGUUGGAAUGUUCUCUGGUUGCUAAUGUUGCUAAAGUUUUUUUCAUUUGCACUAAUUUUCUCUCAUUCUUUAAAGACAUGCUGUAAGAAGAGAUAAUAACUUUUAAAUUUUCUGUCUGCAAGUAUGUGAAUGUUGGGUUGUAUAUCUUUAUGUCUUGUCAAUAAUGGAUUUAUACCUUUUAUUUGCUACAAGUGAGAUACACUACCUUGAUUAUGACCUGGGGAAAGGGAUACAAAAAAAAAAAACAAAAAAAAAAAACAAUGGUUUUAUGUUCACAAAGUGUGAUAUUUCAUACAUUUUAUGUAUGUUUAUGUAUUCUUUUGUAUGCCUUUGUGUAGGUUACAUUGCUUUACACCAUUUGUUUUCACUACUAUUUAAAUAAAAACACCUAAAAAAAGAUGUAACAAAAGCAAUUUGAAGAAAACUAGCCUUGUUAUAGUUGUGUGAUGUUGAUAGGAAAUUGAUAAGAAAUUGUUUUAUUUCUGGUGUUUGCUAAUUCUGUAUAACUGUGUGUACACAUAAACAAUCAUGAGUCUCUCAAAUAAAUGAUUUCUUGUACCUUUAUUAUA